CUUAUAUGUCUCCAUACGAGUAAGGUUGAAUUUAUUGGCAGUCCAAAAUUGUUUUUAAUUUUUUUUUUGAAAUUACGAAAUAUGAUAGAAAAAAUAAAAUAAAAAAUAGUACUAGAUCGACCAUCGAAGACUCUGAGUCGGUGUGUCGUUCUUUUAGCCAGAGUCGGUGUGUCAUCUUUUCUUCAUGCAUAUGCCCCUCAAAUUUGGUGAAAGUCUUGGGUGUGAACAACACGUAUAUAUGGCAGACUGAUCAAAUUACUCGAUAUUUAAGAGUGACAAAGAGAAGCAAGCAGACUGUAGACUCCAUGGCAGCAGCAAUGAGACUGGGACGACUUUCCAGGACAGUCCAGAAGUGCCGUACGCUCGCCUGUCACAAAACCCUAAACCCUCUUUACGCUCCAUCACCACACCUUCAACACCGACUCUCUUAUCGAUCUUUUGAGCACCAUAUCCAUACCUAUGCAUGUGAAGGUCAGCGGCCAAAAUCAGUGGCUGCCAUUCCUGGAUUGUUUUCUAUUUCAGCUAUCAUAGCUGGAUUAUUUGGAUUUGGACUAGCAGACAUAGCUCAUGCAGAUGCUGAUGAGGCCCCUGCUAAACCUUUGCCACCCGAAUCUUCAAGUUAUGAUGAAUUAGAGGAAGCAGCCAAGAAAGAACGACAUCGAUUAGAAGAGUUGCUCAAAAGCAAAGGAAUGCAAUAUGGUUCUUAUCCCCGGUUCACCGUUGCUGUUAAGGGCCAAAAGGUCACAAUUAAGUUCCAAAUUCCUCCUACCUGUGAAAUUCCGCUCUUGGUUGCCAACUUGGUUUCACGUCUUGGAUUGAAGGUUGAAGAGCGUGGUACAGGAUCAGAUAUGAUUUUGCGGGCUUGGGAUAGUGCUGUUGGCUGGCAAUUGACACUUAGUUAUCCAAAACAACAGAAGAAAACUGGUGGGGAUCAAGGCCAUGCAGAAGAUACAAAUGCACACGAGGGAGAUCUAUGCAUUCUCAUGUUCCGUUCGCUCAUUAGCUCUGAUAAAGCAGAAAUUGAGUUCUUGAAGAAGGGGAGCUUUAGUCAAAAGGAGCUUGAUGCUUUGGUAUCUGUGUUACAACUAGCAGGACAAAAUAAAACCUUAGAAAGAAAAUCAAGAGGAGAGGCUUCAAGGAUGCCAUCUACAGAUAAAUCAGUUGCCGGUCUAGAGGCCAUGGGAGUGAGAAUUUAUGGACUCAAUGAAGCCAUUGUGGGAGAGACUAGAACUGACAUAUCAUGGGAUAAUAUUGCUGGGUAUACUGACCAAAAACGGGAAAUAGAAGAUACAAUACUGUUGGCUUUGCAUAGUCCCGAGGUAUACGAUGAUAUUGCUCGUGGGACCCGAUCUAAGUUUGAGACAAACAGACCCCGGGCAGUGCUUUUUGAAGGUCCACCAGGUACUGGGAAGACUUCUAGCGCUCGUGUAAUUGCCAAUCAAGCGGGUGUUCCAUUGUUAUAUGUGCCACUAGAAGUUGUCAUGUCAAAGUAUUAUGGUGAAAGUGAACGCUUGUUGGGGAAAGUGUUUUCACUUGCCAACGAGUUUCCUAAUGGUGCAAUCAUUUUCCUUGACGAGGUUGAUUCUUUUGCUGUUGCUCGUGAUAGUGAAACACAUGAAGCCACACGCAGAAUUUUAUCAGUGUUACUGAGACAGAUUGAUGGAUUUGAGCAGGAGAAAAAAGUAGUGGUCGUUGCUGCAACCAAUAGAAAGCAAGAUCUUGAUCCUGCAUUGAUUAGUCGGUUUGAUUCUAUGAUUUGUUUUGACCUACCUGAUCGGCAGAACCGCCAGGAAAUAGCAGCUCAGUAUGCAAAGCACUUAACAAAAUCCGAAUUAGCUGAAUUUGCGGCAAUUACUGAAGGAAUGUCUGGACGGGAUAUUAGGGAUGUGUCUCAGCAAGCAGAGAGGCGCUGGGCAUCAAAGAUUAUUCGAGGCCAAGGAAAUAAAGAAGCAGUGCAUGGGUCUCUCCCGCCUCUCCAAGAGUACAUUGAGAGUGCUAUGAACAGAAAGAAAGCUCUAGAUGGUGUUGCAACCCAGAAAGACCGGAACAUUUUGACGAAGAAACCCCAGUUAGAUGUGAUAUGAUAUUUUUUUUGUUUGAACAGUUAGCUUACCAAAAGUUCUUUUCAUUUUUCUGUUGGGCAUGUAACAUUUGAUGAAACGGUUGCCUAUUUGUAGCACUGAAACUCGUAGUAUGUGCUAGAUGUUGAGCAUGGAUCUAUGUUCAUUAGUUGUUAAUUAGGUUCACCUAUUAUGUAGUAAAGGCUAUAGAGCCAAAGCUAUGAAGAGAGGUUUUUUUUUUUUUUUUUUUUUUUUUUUUUUUUUUUUU